UGCGCGAAACCGCCGCCAGGCGGCAGCACAGGAACGAACAGACCCCGGGUCGAGUCCACUACGGAGACAGAAGAAGACGCUGCUUCAUUGUUUUGAUCGAGAGGAUUUUCUGCAGAAUCGUUUCUGGUUGACUGAAGAUCGGUCACCAUGACAACCAAGCACAGACUAAUAACCGAUUCAUUCAAAGUGGUGAAGAAAGCGAGGAAGGGGGGGAAACGAGAGAAGAGGUCUCCUCCCCCUUCACCAGAGAAUGAGGCUGGAAAUGACGCAGGGAAAGAAGAGCUGGAGCUCAGACAGUUUGAUAUGGACUGGAGAUUUGGGCCCUGCACAGGUAUCAGCAGGCUGCAAAGAUGGGAGAGAGCCAGUCUGCACGGCCUGAAUCCCCCUGAGGAGAUCAGAGAGCUGCUGCAGAAAACACACAGUGAGCCCAAGUACAACCUAAGCUUAUGGAGCGAAUAUCCUUUAUGAAGAAAUCAUGAAAAGAAAAAGUCCCAAGAGGAAAUGUCAGCAUGAACGACGUAACCAACAUAUGUGCAUGGCAUCUAGCAGUUGUGUUAUGCUGUUUUAUAAACAUUUUACUUAUAAAACUCUACAUAAGA